UGUACCACGUGGGUUUCCCCGUGUCGUCUGUCCUUGAGUAGCAUGUUUAUGGCUCUACAAUGUCUGCGGCCAAGACAACGGGAGGGAAAACUAUCGAUAUAGUAAAAAACCUACCUCGUAUAACACUCGCCAACCUUCGGCCAAACCCGGGAUCAAAGAAAGAUGAGAAACGCAGAGGUCGUGGGAUGCAUGGAGGUAACAGAAGUGGCCGAGGUCAUAAAGGUGAAAGGCAGCGUGGCAACAGACCCCGAUUGGGCUUUGAGGGCGGACAGACACCAUUCUACCUGAUCAUCCCAAAAUAUGGCUAUAAUGCUAAUCACAGUCGUCGACCGCAGUAUCCUCCCCUCUCCCUGCGCAGACUGCAGUAUCUUAUAGAUUUGGGUCGUGUUGACCCCACACAGCCCAUCGAUCUGACCCAACUGGUCAACAGCAGAGCGGUUACGAUUCAGCCUCAGAAACGAGACUAUGGUGUCCAGCUUGUCGAUGAGGGUGCUGAUAUAUUCUGUGCAAAAGUUAAUUUGGAGGUUCAGGUUGCUUCAGAGGAAGCUAUUGCGGCAGUUGAGCGAAAUGGUGGCGUGAUCACAACAAGCUACUACGAUCCGCGUAGUCUACAGGUCCUCAUCAAACCGGUGCCCUUUUUUAUGUCUGGCCAACCCAUACCCAAGCGUCUGCUUCCCGGUGAAGAGCUUCUUCCAUACUACACAGAUGCCAAUAACCGCGGCUACCUCGUAGACCGGGAUCAAAUCCAAGCUGCACGGCUUGCUCUGGCUAAAAAGUACGGCUACAGCUUACCCGACAUCACCACAGAUAAACUCUUUGAAAUGCUGGCACAAAGAAAAGAUCCCCGUCAGAUCUUCUUUGGGUUAUCGGCCGGAUGGGUUGUUAAUAUGGGAGAGAAGAAGAUCUUCAAACCCACUGAUGAAAAAGUCUUGCAAUAUUAUAGCUCAUAAUAAAAGCAGUGUGUGCUCAUGAUAUAUCUGUGUAUAUAGUAAAGAAUUGUUCAAAUUCAUUGUCUAUAAUAAACAUUUGAAUAAA